UCUUAAUCCCUGAAAGAUCUAAUUAAAACCAAAAGAAUGACAAAUAAAGAAAGGGCGUCACAGAUCGUGUUUUUUGACCUGGAAACUACAGUGCCCAGGAAAAAGGGGCAGAAAUUUUCGGUGCUAGAAUUUGGUGCGAUUGUGGUCUGCUCACAGAGGUUGGCAGAGAUGGAGAGCUACUGCACGCUGAUCAGGCCAGGGGACUUAUCUGUCGUGGGGGUGAGAUCGGGCCGAUCCGGUGGAAUAACACGUGGGGCUGUUGCUGAUGCUCCCCCAUUUGAGGAAGUUGCAGAGAAGAUAUUCAACAUCAUGGAUGGCCGGAUAUGGGCAGGGCAUAACAUUCAAAGAUUCGAUUGUGUUCGUAUUAAGGAGGCUUUUGCUGAGGCUGGCCUCCCUCCACCUGUCCCUGUUGGCACCAUCGAUUCCCUUACAGUUUUAACAGGGACAUUCGGAAGAAGAGCUGGAAAUAUGAAGAUGGCAACAUUAGCAGAAUACUUUGGACUGGGAGAGCAGAAACACAGGAGCUUGGAUGAUGUUCGAAUGAACUUGGAGGUCCUCAAGCAUUGUGCCACAGUAAUGUUUUUGGAGUCGAGCCACUUGGAUUUGAUGAACCACAAUGUGCGUGGACGGCCUAACGUUAUGACAAGAAGCAGAACUGAUGCAAUGGACGAAAGCUGUCACACUUCAUCAUCACCAAUGUCAACAAGAAGCGCCAAAAGGAGCUAGCUAGCUAUAUAUUUGAUGCAUUUAGGAUAGGAAUUAUAUAUUGAUCGAUGAAACUAAUAACGGCCGCUAUCAACAAUCCCUUAAUUAGAAUGCAUUCUUUGAUUUUUAUUUAACUCGAAUCGGUUAUCAUUCUCUUGCUCCUCUUUCUCCACCUGUAAAUGCUUCAUCUUGUGCAAUUCUGUAGCAAUAUAAUAUUGGG